AUGCGUUUCUCUUCAACUUUUAGUCUUGCGUCCUUCGCUGCCUCUGCCGCAGCCCACUCCUUCGACUCAGCCAAGUCCGAUCUCGAUGGCUCUGUAUGGCAGUCCCUUACGUCUAUCAACACUCGUUCUUGGAGUACCGUCCCUCGAAACCGCCCCACGAAGCGCCAGUCAGGAUGGAACCCCCCCUCAAACCUCGCAGGAGCUCUCAAGGAAGUUUGGGACCACGAAGUCAAAACUUAUAGCGACGCUCUGGGUUUUAAGAACUACGGAUGGGAUCAAGUCAUUGCUGGAAAGGGCAAGCUCAAUGUCUGUGUUCGUUGGGAGUCGAGUGCUUCUGUGACAGCUGAGCAACGAACCGAGGUUGCUACCGCGUUACAGGACUCUUAUACUAGUUGGAUGAAGUGGGUUUCUGGAUGGGACAACUUUCCUUAUGAGGACGUCAAGAUUAAUGUUGUCGGGUGGGCUGUCAAGGACAAGAAUCUCCUCCAGGGCUCAACUGACGGCCUGGACAUUUACACCGACACCGACGCAGAAGGCAUUCCCCAAUGCUCUGAGAAGUGCGGUCGCUUCUUCCAUCAAGAUGGCGACUAUAGUCAGUGUCCCGGCGGUGCGGAACGACACUAUGACAAUUCUCUUUGGCUCACCGACGGUAUGCAGGGUGGUGCUGGCGGUGACUGGGGCCAACGCAUCGGUCGAGAAUACUUCAUGGACCUCCUUGAUACAAAAAACAUCCACAUCCUGCAGCACGAGAUCGGUCAUACUUUUGCCCUGGAUGAUUUCUAUGACUGGACUCCCACUGGCCAGUCCAAGUUCAUCAUGCUUGCCGGUUCUGCUGCUGAAGUUACUGAGUUUGAUGGCUGGAUGCUGCGAAACUGGUGGUACGAGCUAUCUCGGGAACGUGGCUGGCAAUCUAGUGUCUCUAGCUCGGAUACCAAGACUGUUGAGUCCACUAAAGACAAGGUUACUUCUACGCCCGUCAGUGCUAAACCCACUACUACUAAGCCCGCUACUACCUUGCAGACAACUACCACGGUCAAGAAGGCUGUAGCUGAGACUACUACCGGAGAGGGAGCUGAGCCAAAGUUAGAAUCUGGUGUUUCCGCUGCUGCUUAUGCUCAGUGUGGUGGUGGAGCUAGUUACAGUGGUCCAACCAAGUGUGCUUCUGGCCUGAAAUGUACCGAGCACAAUGAGUGGUAUUCGCAGUGUCUCUAA